UGUCGAAUGAGAACGCGCAACGAAGUCUUGAUGGAUGACGUAUACAGGAAGUGUACACAGAUUCCAAAAGUGUCUCAAUGAACCGUUUUUUAGCUUUUAUUUCACCUCCAGAAGCUAAUUUUACCGGUCGAAGUUAUGCAAACGUGGAGUCUCGUAUCAAUUUGUGUGUUGCUCAGCGUUGUUGUGAGAUGGGGCGUUUCGUUAAAUUCAUAUUCAGGGGCGGGGAAACCUCCCAUGUUUGGCGACUAUGAAGCCCAAAGGCACUGGCAAGAAGUGACCUACAACCUCCCUCUCCAGGAAUGGUACUUUAACACCACUGAGAAUGACUUGAACUACUGGGGUCUUGACUACCCUCCCCUGACUGCCUACCACAGCCUGAUCUGUGCUUACGUAGCCAAGAUAAUAAACCCUGAAUGGGUGGAGCUCCAGAAAUCCAGAGGCUAUGAAAGUCCAGCGCACAAGUUAUUCAUGAGAGCUACAGUCCUGGUGGCAGAUUUGUUGAUAUACAUCCCUGCUGUGGUUUUAUACUGUUUCUACCUGACUGAUGGAUCCUCUAAAAAAAAGGUUUCCACUCUGUGCUGCUUCCUUCUAUACCCAGGGCUAAUCCUCAUUGACUAUGGGCAUUUCCAGUACAAUGGAGUGAGUCUGGGCUUUUCCCUGUGGGGGGUUCUGGCUCUGGGUCUGGGCUGGGAUGCAUUGGGCUCCAUGGCCUUUUGUCUGGCUCUCAACUACAAACAGAUGGAGCUGUAUCAUGCUCUGCCCUUCUUCUGCUACCUGCUGGGGAAGUGUGUCAAACUGGGCCUGAUGGGGCGAGGGCUUCUCCUGUUGGUGAGAAUUGCUUCAACAGUGUUGGUGACUUUUGCCCUCUGCUGGCUGCCUUUCCUGUCUGACCCCAGUCAGGCCUUGCAGGUGGUCAGGAGGAUCUUUCCCGUGGCUCGUGGUCUGUUUGAGGAUAAGGUGGCCAACACAUGGUGCAGCUUGAACAUCCUGAUAAAGAUCAGAUCCAUUCUGUCCAGUGACUCCCAGAUCUACCUCAGUUGUGCCUGCACUCUCCUGGCAGUCCUACCUUCCUCUGUCAGACUUCUGACGAAGCCCACCUUCUGGCAGUUUAAACUGGCCUUGGCUAAUUCAUCUCUGGCGUUUUUCCUCUUCUCCUAUCAAGUCCAUGAGAAGUCCAUCCUCUUGGCUGCCUUGCCUGUCUGCCUCCUGCUGAAUGACCUCCCCUUGAUGGUUAUUUGGUUCCUGCAGGCCUCUACAUUCAGCAUGCUGCCUCUGUUUCUGAAGGACGGUCUGCUGGUGCCCUAUCUUGUGACCUCGCUGGCCUUCCUCUUCUUCAGCAUCUAUCUACUGUCUGCACUGGAGCACUGUUCAGAGGAAGAGCUGAGACUGGGAGCCUUCCACAAGCUGUUUUUCUGCCUACCCAAACUGGACCUGCCCUGUCUUGUAAGAUGGAAGUUCUACAUCAGCAUUGCAGCCAUGGCUGGUCUGAGCGUCGUGAGUGUAGCUCUAGUUCCUCCACCACAUCUACCUGACUUGUUUCCUGUGUUGGUGUCUACUACUGCUUUCCUGCACUUCUGGGGAUCAUUUAUAUAUUUCAACAUCGUCCAGUUCAGCGAGCCACCCAGCAGAAAGAGCCAGAAGAAGAACAACUGAAUGGUGCCAAAUGUGGUGAUAUGCACGGCAGGAGAUUUUUAGCUAAUUUUGCUUCAGGAAAGCCAGUAUUACACCAUAGGAGAUGUCUGCUCUUAAUGUGCAUGAAGGCUUUCACUUGUGCCAUCAUGUCCCCAGUGCAAAUAGCACAAAUGCAGAGCUGCAACGAUUAGUCGAUUAAUCGAUCGAAAGAAAAUUGUCUGUUUUCAAGCAAAAAUGCCACACAUUUGAUGGUUCCAGCUUCUUAGAUAGGAGAAUUUUCUGCUUUUCCUCUUCUUCCAUUACAGUAAAAUUAAUAUCUUUGGGUUUUAGAUUGUUGGUCAGACAAGAGAUUUGAUGACAUCACCUCGGGCUCCCGGAAAUUGUGAUGAGCAUUUUUCACAGUUUUCUGAACUUUUAUAGACCAAAUGAUUAAUUGAAAAGAUAAUCUGCAGAUUAAUCGAUAAUGAAAAUAAUCGUUAGUUGCAGCCCCACACAAAUGCUUAUUAAGGCAUAUUGUGGGCUGAUCAUUAUACUACAUAAUUGCAACUCAGAGGAGCUGAGUUUUUUCCCCAAAACUCAAUCAAAAUCACUUAAUUUAGCCUUUACUUGUACUUUAUCCUUAACCACAUGACUUCCUUCAUGUGAAAUAGACCUCUUUUCUUGAAUUAUUUUUUGCUUGGACCAAUGAUACUUCACUCUUGAAACUACACUAUUGCUGUACAAAUAGGCAAGCAGUGUCCAGCCUACACGCUUGACUUUAGAUAGCUCUAUGCCUGUAUGCUCAAGCUGCAGGAGGUGGCCACAAUAAUAGGAACACCUGUUGUAAUGUUCAGUUAUUGUUAAGACAUUGGUGAGAGGUGUUGAUUUAAACUCUUUACUUUUAAAGCCAUAGUUGGUGGUGAUGCUAGACUUAAUGAUAUUGUAAGGUGUUCCUGUUAUUGUGUCCACCCUUAUUACCUCUUCUGGGGAUUGUGAUUAAAACAAAUACCUGAUGAGACUGGGCUGUAGCAGUAACGGUUGUCAUUAUCUAUUCAUGUGAACUUUUUUUUUAUGGUUUUCUACUGUAUAUUUUUUAUCCAUCACUGAAGUUAUUUUGUACAAACUUAGUUUUUGUGAAAAUAAAUAAAAUUUUCUCAAUGA